GCGAUUGUCUUUUAUUCGACAGAAUUGUGUUUCAUUGCACAUGUUCAUCGAUUUCUGAGGAAUUUAGGGAAAGUAUAUUAAAUUCCUCAAUAAAAUGGGUGCUAUAGCGAGCAGAUAUCGCGUCUCCAAUUCUGGACUUACACCCACGGACAUUAACAAUUUAGAGAACGCGGAAAAACGUGAAAACCCAGGGACAUUGGAUGAGUUGCACAAAAAAACCAAAGAUGUAAUGCCAGUGAAUUUUGAAGGAGGUAAACUAAUGGUCAACAAGGGCAUAUCCAACCAUUUCCAGAUGUCACACACACUAACAAUGAGCACAGCUCAGAACGGCUACAAGCUGGGCGCCACAUACAUCGGCACGAAGCAGCUGUCACCCACAGAGGCGUUCCCAGUGCUACUCGGAGACGUAGACCCGUCAGGGAACCUCAACUUUAACCUUAUCCAUCAGCUCACGCCGGAGAUCAGGAUCAAAGGAGCUGCUCAGGUUCAGGAAUGCAAGCUGACAGCCACACAAGGCACGCUAGAAUACAAAGGCUCUGACUACACAUUGGCCAUGGCCGUCGGCAAGCCAGACUUCAGCGAAAGCUCCUCCGUCUUCGUCGGACACUACCUCCAGUCGGUAACCAAGCGGCUAGCGCUAGGCGCGGAGCUGGUGUACCAGUCGGGCGCGCGCGUCAUGGGCGGCGAGAUCGCCAUCGCGUCCGGCGCCGCGCGGUACACGAUGGACGACUCUGAAGUAUCGGCGACAUUGGGAGCUGCCGGGUUCCAUUUAUGCUACUUCAAGCAGGCCAGCGAACAACUUCAGGUGGUAGCAGAGAUGGACACGUCCUUCCGAGGAAUGGAGUCCGUCGGUACCAUCGGAUACCAAGUCACCAUCCCUAAGGCGGAGCUGGUCUUCAGAGGGAUGGUAGACUCAAACUGGAACAUCGGAGCAGUUCUCGAGAAGAAACUACAGCCUCUGCCCUUCACGUUCGCCCUUUCCGGGAUGGCCAACCAGGCCAAGCAACAGUUCAAGUUUGGCUGCGGACUCAUCAUCGGGUAGAUCCCAGAGCACCACUCGCCACCACUGAAUGUCUACAUCAUGUGAGAACUAUCACCGUUACAUAUACUGUGUGUAUUUGUAAGUGCUCUUGCACCAUAUGUUUACUUGUACAGGUAUUCCAUAGCAGCGGGCAUGAAUGGACUGACAGAACGAAUGAAUGUGACUAUGUUUGUGACAGAUUAACUAAUAAAAUGGUAGCUCCAUGACUGUAUAUCGAUAUAGAUAUCACUCAAAAAAUCAGUUUUGUUAAUUCCAUUUGUGCCAGCUUUGGUGUAACCUGUAGUCGCCAUAUCAGAGCAGCCAAGGUGCUCAUAAAUAGCUGCACCGAUAAAACAUCACGCCGUCCCUAUCGCACUUACAUAUAAUAUGAAAGGGACGACCUGAUGUUAUAUCAUUUAUCGCGCAGCCAUGAUUGUCUGCCUGAACACGCCUUUUCAAGAAGUUAGUAUAGAUGUACUGAUAUUUUGAACACCUCAGGCGCUCAGAUAUAGCUUCACCCUGACGAGUUCAUAAAGAACAGUUAUAUUAUAAAAUGAUUUCAAAUCAUCAAUUUUGUUAUGGACAUUGAAUGUAUGAGUGAAUUUUCCUUCCCGCCAUUUUGUUUGUAUGGUAUGCUAUUUGAAUGUAUGUUACCAUGCCUUGAAUCCAGUUGCAUUUAUGGGAUCUUUGGUAAUGGAUAGCUCAAAGAAUUAAAAAGUGCCCCUUUACCUGUGUGGUAUAAAAGUAGAUUUUUUUUCCUCGGUGACUGCGAUCAGGCGGGCCGUAUGCUUGUUUGCCAGCAUCGUGGUUUACAAAAAUUAUGUUAUAUGGGGGGUGACUUUUUAAGGUACCUAUUUUAAAACAUGUCACUAUAAGUGUUGCACUAUUUGAAAUUUUAAUUUCCGACGUCUUUUUUUUUUUAUAAAUGGGCUUACUCUUGACUACAGACUAGCCAAAUCUACGUCUAAUCAAAUAGUGUGAUACUUCGUUAAGGGCAUUGAAUAUUUAAGAUAAUUAUAAAUAUUGUAACUUCUGUUACAUAAAAAUGUCAGAAAAAUAGUAUAAAUAUAAAUGAAAUUUCGUUAGCGAACCAAAAAUAUGUGAACUCAAAUUUCAUCACAAAAUGCCUGAACAACAUGUAUUUGGAACUGUGAAAUGUUGCAACUUUGACGUCUUUAGCAAAAAGCCACCUUUGCUAUGCCAUCUGAAACAUCAAAAGUAUAUGUCUCAAAAUUAAAAUUUUGAAAAAACCCCCGACCGCGACAUAGUGGACCGAUUUUCAUGAAACAUGGCUAAGAACACUCCCGACUAAUUCAGCUUUCAAACAAAUAAAACUAAAUUUAAAUCGGUUCAU